CUUGGCUUCCCGACCGGCCACUUCCAAGUUUCGCAUAUCGCAGAGUUGCAGCUUUCACCACCGUUCGGAUUAGCCUCAACCCCACCAAAAGAUCUCCCCAUCUGUUGCCGAUCCGCGUCUGCAGCACACGAUGACCGACUCCCCACUCCCGCGGAUCCCGCUGGAUCCGAAAGAGCAGCCCAUCCUCGACAAGCUGCAGUCUAUACGGACGGAGCUUGAACUAUUGAAGCGUGAUCGGUCAACUUAUGUCAAGAGCCAAGAUGUCUUGAAAUUGUACGACCAAGUCAUCGAGCAGGUUAUGAUCCUCAACGAGAUACGCGAAACCAAACGUCUGGAGCAGAACAAAGUUGAUUACAUGCUUGACGACUGCUUUCAGCUCAUUUCACUUGCCUAUUUGACCGUCGGAAAGAACCACGAGCCACCAGCAGUAUACUCCUACAUCUCAACGAUCAAGCGCUUACUAGAUCACCUCAAAGAAGCAACCUUCUAUUCACAAAAGGACCUGGAAGCACUCGACAAGAACCUACAAGAUUGCCGACGAUAUGUUGAGAGAGGUCGAGAAGAGUACAGCCCUCAUUUACUUACCCUCCUUGACGCCCGCAUCAAGGUUUGCGAGGAGACGCUAGCAGAACUGAAGCUCAACUUGUCUGAGCUCACACCCGAGCUGACACCGAAAUGGGAGAAGCUGGUCUCAAUACUAAGAUCACUUUGCGGCUGCAAUGCAAGGUCCAAAUUCCCACAUGAUGAAGUUGAGGAGUACUCAGAGGAGCUUAACAAACUUGACGAGGAAUUAAAAGAGUACGGCAUUCGUGCAUAUGAGACAGAAGGAACUACUGAAGAGAAGCUGGCCGAAAUGGUCGACAAAAUGCAACUCGCCACCGAACACCCUGAGCCGGCGCCAGACGCCAAGACACUCAUUGGCACCCUGCUACGACGCAAUCUGCUAUGGGUUACGUUGAUCAAGCAAAAGCAAGGACGUAUUGCGCCCGCUUUCAAGGAUACCUAUGACAAACUUCUUUCAAUACGAAACAAGCUCGAAAAGCUUACCCUAACUCAGGCAUGGUCUCUUCGUGAGACGGAUCUUUGGGACUUUCAGCGACAGCUUGAUCGUAUAGACGAAGCCCGAGUUGACGGUAACUUUGUCGAUGCGCUUGGACGGCCAUCGGAGAUUUACGAGCAGAGAACAUUGUUGUACCUUCUCCGGAAGAGCUACGCUCUCAUUUACCAACUGCUCUUGACAUCCGAGCCUGUAUCUGAGGCUCUACUGCCGAUUUACAACCAACUAACUACACUCCGAAAAUGCCUGCUUGAAGUCAAGAAGUUGGGAGGUGUAUCUUCACCAAGGGAGCUGUACCCCUACAGUAUGAAGUUAAAUUCCAUUGACAACAUGCGAGUAGACGGCAAGUUCAUGGUGGGCGACGAGAUACCUGAUGGCCAAGGUCGAGUGACGCAACUUCUGGAGGAAUGCUUCGAGCUCGCAUACGACCUGAGGAACGACGCCGAAGACAACAACAGCUCUGCUGAGGUUACACCGUCGACAGAAAAGCCUGAGCCUCUCAGCACAUGAUAUGUCCUCAUCCUUCCAUCGGCACUGUACAUGUUGGCGUAGAUGAUUAACCCCGCACUCAGUACCCGCAUCUCCCCCAAAUUUCUGUCUCAUUCCGGUAGGCGUCUUGUAUUGCAGUAAACGAUUCUGCGACCUCUGUACUUUCUGUACUUCCAAAGAUUACUUAAUAAGGCUCAAUCAUUCGAAGCUGUUCAAUUUCGUCUUCCGGUGGCGUUGGAGGUGUAGCAUCUGCGUCUUUGAAGGUCAGAUGACUUCCGUAUGAUAUGCCUGCAUUUGUUAGCGCAACCGUCUAUCAAUUUCAGCUCUUUCACUUACAAAGCUCUUCUCCUGCGGGAAUAUCUCUCAGUGCUCGGUACGUAAUAAUUUGGCGUUGAGUAUCACGCAUCCAUCCCACGUUUUGUUCUUGGGUAGAGUGGUUGAACAUGCUUCCCAAUCCGAAUAUGACGGCCUGGGC